AUAUUAUUAUAUAUAUUUUGCCAGUAGUCAACGAGUUCUGAUUGGCGUGAAGAGGUUAUUAAAAUGACUUGCUUGUUUCGUAAAGAGUCUUUCGUCAUUUGGGUCAGUGGUAUUUCCAUGCACCUUCUUUUUAACUGCGAACGAAAUUCAAUUGCAUUAUUAUGUACAAAUUGCAUGCAUCACCAGUGCCCACCCACACCACAACUCUUGCGGAUUACAUUCACAGAAUUCCGCGCAUGUACCAUCUUCAUGGUGUCCAGGCGUUCACCCCAGACCUGCUCGAGAGGGCACUCUGACAGCAAAGGGAAGAGACGCUCACUAAAUCAUAGGCUUGCUUCAGUUCUUCUUUAUCUGCUUUGACGUUUACAGGAAAUCAAUGGAGUGGAAUAUAAUGGACGAUGGGAAAUAACCAAUUACAUUUAGGACCGCUGAAGAAAGGUUUCAUGAAUGAACAUUUGGGAAAACAACUCUGAAACUGCGAAUUACACAGCUUUUUUUUACAGAGAAGCAAAUUUCUACUUUUAUUUUUUCCAUCAUCCCAUUAUUAUUAUUAUUAUUAUUAUUAUUAUUAUUAUUAUUAUUAUUAUUAAUAAUAAUAAAUAAUAAUAAUCGUUGUUGUUGUACUUUUCUAGUAUUCUAAUAAACCUGAAAAUGUGAGAUUUCAGAUCAAACUGAAACAGGACCAAAACGCACAAAUAAUUUUAUGCAUGAAACCAAUGGCAAUUUAAAAUCCUGUCAUAGGGUUGUGAACAACUGGAUUUAGCCAUCACUAAAGAGUACAGGCGCGUUCAUACAGGUGUUACCUCUGACAAAACCUGUCAUCUGGUGAAUCUUUGCAUGUGAAAGUGCAGAAUAAUUGCAUCAAAUGUAUAAUUUAGGGGAAAUUCUUUCAACGACGGAUAUGAGGAGUCACCGACGCGACUGGGGUCCACAGGUCUUUCAAACUGGGGGGCUGAAGUCCGGCUCGUCCCGAUCCAGUUUUUAACCACCAGGAUGCAUAACUGGACAAAUCAUUCAAUCUGCCCAUUUAACUGCACAACGGACGACAACACAACUAAUGGAAGAAAUGACUUUCCUGUUACCCUUUUUCCAGUACCGAUACUGACUGGGAUAACCGUUACAUGCACGCUACUUUUUCUCAUUGGAGUUACGGGGAAUUUAAUGACGAUUAUGGUGGUCACCAAAUAUAAGGACAUGAGGACGACCACCAAUCUGUACCUAUCCAGCAUGGCGCUUUCCGAUCUUCUGAUUUUCCUCUGCAUGCCCCUCGACCUGUACAGAGUCUGGCGGUAUCGUCCGUGGAAUUUCGGGGACUUGCUUUGUAAACUCUUUCAGUUCGUCAGUGAGAGCUGUACUUACUCCACCAUCCUCAACAUUACCGCUCUCAGUGUGGAGAGGUACUUCGCUAUUUGUUUUCCUCUCAGGGCAAAGGUAGUGGUGACAAAAGGACGAGUUAGAGGUGUUAUCCUCGUCCUCUGGAUGGUGGCAUUCUUCAGCGCUGGACCCAUAUUUGUCCUUGUUGGUGUGGAGCACGAGAGCGGAACAGAUUCCUGGGAGACGAACGAAUGCAAGGCAACGGAGUAUGCCAUCAGAUCCGGUCUCCUGACCAUUAUGGUGUGGGUUUCCAGCAUCUUUUUCUUUUUGCCCGUGUUUUGUCUUACUGUCCUGUACAGUCUAAUUGGGAGAAAGUUAUGGAAGAGAAAGAAAGAGACUAUAGGACCCAACAUCUCAAGUCGGGACAAGAAUAAUAAGCAAACUGUAAAAAUGCUGGCUGUGGUGGUGUUCGCCUUUGUGCUGUGUUGGCUGCCGUUUCACGUGGGACGCUAUUUGAUUUCCAAAUCAUCCGAAGCUGGCUCCCCUCUAAUGUCGCUUAUAAGCGAGUACUGCAACCUGGUCUCCUUUGUGCUUUUUUACCUCAGCGCCGCCAUCAAUCCCAUCCUUUACAACAUCAUGUCCAAGAAGUACAGGAUUGCCGCUUGCAGACUUUUCGGAUUGAAGCAGGCCCCGCGAAGGACAGCAUCCGCCAUCAAAAGCGAAAGCUCCCCCGGGUGGACUGAGUCGAGCGUGAGCAUGUGAUUUCUGAAAAAAAGAUGCCGCCCAUAAUUGUGCUUUUUGCGCACCUUGAGCUGCUCGAACAUGCAACGCUCCGUCUGAACCGAACUGUUUUCUUGGCGUGUGAAUUAACGUACUGUAGGCUACUGAGAAAAAAAGAUGGAUCUGAGGUUUUUGGGAAGAUAACGUAUUGUAAGGGACAAUGCAGCCAAAUGGACUGGGUGUACCAAAAAAUCUCCUGAAUAACUUUAUAUUUGGGGGAGGCGGGGGCGGGGGGCGGGGGGUGUUUACUGUGUCUGUAUAUACUUGGAGAAACAAUAUGGGAGAACACAAUGAUAUCGAAAAAGCAUUGCUGUCAGACAACUUAUAUUUUUAUAUCAUUUGACAUUUGAUACCAAGUCAUCACUUUAAUGAUCUGUGAAACUAUCACUAUCUAUUACAAUUAAAAUCAUCCUGUUUGACUGUACAUUCACAAGACUGGUCAUAAUCAAUCAAUUAUCAUUCCAUACAUAUUGAUAUAAGCAUGAAAAAACAGAAAGCAAAAAGAAUACAGAAAGCAAAACUUUAUCGUAGACGAUUGUAUUCCACAAGUAAAAUGCCCUUCUCGCUUUAACUACCAACCAUUGACAUUUAAUAACUGCAUUUAAUAAAUCAUGUUCAAAAGUUUCUAAUUCCAUGGUCCUUUUAAGUGAAAAAUAUAAUCAGUUAUGAAGACUGCCUUAAAUAUAACUCAAUACUGGAUGACCAGGCAUGCACUGUAGAUUCUGCAGAAUUCUCCUUUGUUUCCUUACAGAGAUGUACAAAGGCACUGCAGGUUUGAAUUUAAUUGUUUGCUUAUUGUAAUUUUGCAUGCCAGUUGGUCUGUUUUGCUUUGUUUUAUAUGUGCAGUAGUCGAUGAGAUAAGAUUCCAAGCAAUAUGAUGCAUGGUAUUCACAAAAAGUGCAAAUGUGCAUUUUCUUUUCUCCUAUGGAAACAGCUUACCCACAAGUGGCUGCUUUGAAGAUUGCAUUCAUUAAAUGUGGUAUUUUUCAAGGAUACAAUUUGAAUUUGUAUUUAAUUAUUUUUGGUCAUUGCGGGCUAAGAUGUAUGCACCAACAGAAAACAAAUGACGGUGCGUCAUGCAUUUAUGA